AUGUUGUGUGCUUUGGGUGGCUGGAUCCUUUAUAUUUUCGAGGCCGCUCACGGGUUGGGACAUAGCGACGCGUGGUUCGAUGCAGGAAAUGGUGAUGAACAGAAAAUUACACAGGGAACAUUCUGGCAAUCCAUAGUUUGUUCUUCGCUGGGUAUGGCUAUGCUCAAGAUUUCCAUUGCCUUGAACCUGCUGAGAUUGAGCCCAGCAAGGUGGUAUGUAUACUGUUUAUGGGGAAGCAUCGUGAUCGUGAUUGCCUACUGCUUCCUUGGCGCCAUGGCAUUUUUUCUCUACUGUUCGCCUAUGUCGGCUUACUGGACUCAAGCCCCGGGCUCUCAUUGCUACCCAGUGAGCCUUUUCGUGACUUUCGCCCUCGUCAACACUUCUUUCAACAUUUUCACUGAUGUUCUUUUUGCGACGAUCCCAAUUCCUAUUAUUUGGACUUUGAAAAUGCGACGUAAAGUCCGCUUCUAUCUCAUCGGCAUCCUCAGUUUAGGCUAUGUCGCCGUGAUCUUUGGUGUCAUGAACGCCGUUUAUCAGAUUGCGUUUCCCUCAACAACAGACGAGUACCUGGAUGAUUGGAUAUUGUUUUGGGCGACUGCCCAAUUCAACGUCGGAAUCCUAGCCGCCUGCAUUCCCUCCCUCAAACCUAUCGUGAGCACCGUGCUCAAGCUUUCCGAUUACUCAAACUCCUAUCCCCCAAGCCGGAAUAUAUAUGGCACUCGCUCCCGAUCUCGCCGUGUCCCGACCAACACCGGAGGAAGCACGCAUACAGUGGGCGGAGGUGGCGGGAACCGCAUCUGGUCCCUGCAUCGAGGCGAUCAAUAUGCGCUCCAAGAAUUGGGCAGUCGUGAUUCUGGUGAUCGUGGUCAUGAGCAUCAUCCAAAUGGUGAGUAUAGUGCCACGAUUACGUACGAUGAGCCAUGGCCCUUGCCUAGAGAUCUUCAUCAGCAGAGUAAAGGUGUUGAAGAUGGAAUUGUUAAAACAACUGAGGUUAUUGUAAAUUAG